AUGUCAAGACCACCAUUCCCUUCGGGUUGGUCUAGUAUCCCACUGAGUCUCAAGAACCUCACUCUGGCCAACUCACUACCUGUCGGGCAAUCGUUCCUAUGGCACAGGCAUGCUAUAGCGUCGUCGACGCCUGGCAGUCCCACGGAAGAAUUCUCAAGAGCCGUCGAUAACCCUCCCCGAGUCGUCUGCCUUCGACAAUCUCCAAGUCGUCUUUAUUAUGCUGCAGUAUACCCAAAUGAGCACGAUGCAUUAGCAGAUCAGAGAAAAGGUAUCACCAAGGAUUGGGUCAACGAUUACUUUCAGCUGAAGGCUCACCCGGAGCUGGAGAGGAUGUAUGAUGAUUGGAGAGCCCGAGAUCCGGAGCUGUUCGGCAAGGUGGAAGUGAAUGAACGAGCAGUGGGAGUAAGGGUUCUUCGUCAAGACCCAUGGGAGUUCAUCACAUCUACCAACAAUCAUAUACCCCGUAUCACGUCUUUGUUACAUCGUUUCUCCCAGUCGUUCUCGCCUCCUCUCCUGACUCUUCAUAAUCCGGACAACGAUGGUGAAACCACUUAUCAUCUGUUUCCAACUCCCACCGCUCUUCCCACAAAUCUUGAAGCUUUGUUGAGGUCGAUGGGUUUCGGAUAUCGUGCCUCCUUCAUCGAGUCUAGCUUGCAAACCCUAGAGGAAGAGUUCAAGGAGGAAAUCGAAGCAGGUCUUCUCAGAUGGAGGAAUCAAGACGUGGAUACAGUUAGAGGAAAGCUAGUCGCUCUAAAAGGUGUGGGACGUAAAGUCGCAGAUUGUGUAAUGCUCAUGUGCAUGGACAAGCCGUCACUCAUUCCCAUCGACACUCAUGUCGCGGCCAUUGCUGCAAGACAUCCUGCCUUCCCAUCGCGGCUUCGCAACAAGCCAAUGUCGAAGCAGGUAUACAAUGAGACUCAGCAGUUUCUGCUAGACAGAUGGGGUCCAAUGGGAGGAUGGUGUCAGGCAGUCAUGUUCGCGGCGGACCUGCCAGAAUCCAAAUCAACAGUCAAAGUCGUAAAGACAAAGGUGGAAUCGUCUCUCACUGUGAAGAGGAAGCUUGAGGAUGUCUCACCGACACUGAAUCUCAAGAGGACCAGAAGUGCGACACAUCUCGAACUCCAGCAGACAAGGACGAUCGUGACGGAAGAGGUGAAGAUGGAGGAGUAG